GAACACAUGGCAAAUUGAUACUUAAUCAGUACAUCAUUACUUAGAGGAGAAGAUGCUACAAGUUGUGGGGGAGGGAGGCUUUUAAAGGAAAUUACAUCCACUUAAUUCUGAUGUCUAAUUCAGAGAACAUACUGUAUGUUUUUUUAUGUACUACAGCGUAUUAACAGGAAAUGGGCUCAUUUUGGUAAUUACUCAUGUCUGCGUCAAACACCCCUGUUUGUGUGUGUGUGUGUGGGGGUCUAUAAAAAUGUGGCUUGUGCCAGGAGACCUGCAGCAGCUUCAAGAACGUGAUGAUCAUGAGGGUGCUGGUGAGUUUAGUACCCUUCGUCCUCAUGGUGUGGUGUGGACAGGAGACAACGGCACUUUCCAUAGAGGAUAACCUAGGAUUGCAGCACAACCGGGAGUUGACCGUGGAGCAGAGGGACCUGUUGAAGACGUUGUCGGGGCUGAAUGAGCUGACGUCCAAGUAUAUGUAUCCGGAUCAACAGCUCCACAAAGAGCUGCAGGACAGAUCUCUCAGAGCUCAAGUUCCUGCCAAAGUGAGAUCCCCCUGUAAGAAGUUAUUUUGGAAGACCUUCUCAUCCUGCUAGCUAAGGCACUGGCAGACAGCUGCUGGCAGUCACAGUCCACACCCUGGCCUCUUAGCCGCAUUGCAUGAGCAAUACUCAAAUUACUAUGAAUAAACUGCAACUAAAGAAAAACGAAUUCUGAUUGAUGACUGUGUGACGCAGUACCUCUGCCUAUACUGCAUCUCUCCUAGAAUGUAGGGCAGGCAAGUGGUAUUAUUUUACUAUUGCAGUGGUCUUUCUUUAUUAUUUUUCUUUUCAGAGAAUGUUUGAGGUGUAGAAUUACAAGUCCUUGCUAUUAACUGUUUUGCAUGGAUUUAACAUGGUUUAUUGUUACUGUGUCAGCAAAAGACAACACUAUGAAGCCUUCAUACUGUCAUUACUAUUAACAUCAACUGAAUUACAAUGAGAAAAGGCUGCAGCCUAGAUAAUUGCUUACCUCACAUUUUGGCUUCUUGCCUUGCCUAGACGGUGCCUUCGGAAAGUAUUCAGACCCCUUGACUUGUUCCACAUUUUGUUAC